AUAUUCUUUACUGGACGAUGUCAUUGCUUUGAAGAUCUUCAUAUUGUUAGUAAUUAUCGGAAAAAACUAGAAAUGAACGAUCAUUUUUUCUUAUUUGGUUUUCUCUUAUGGUCAGUCAAAACGACGGAUGCUGCAGUUGUUGCGCCAUCACCAAACCAAAAACCAGCAUAUGGUAUCUGUGUUGAUAUCACACUGUGUCAAAAUCCAGCAUACAAACCCAUCUGUUCACAAGGUUUGCCUAUAUGUCCCUCCCCCGUUAAACCUGCGACACAGACCGCAACCAAACGACCCUCACCAACACCUUCACUUCCUCGUACCACCAACAAAGUGACCAGUUCAGCGAUAGUGACCACUGGUGCCUCAGUAAAGCCAGCAACAAAAACUAUUGCACCGUCUAAACCAACCGCAUUCGUGAAAAGUACACAUAUAUCUGCACCAACAAAACAAUUGAACAUAUUGACGAUACAGAAUAACUACAAAAUAUCCUUUGGAAAGAAAUCCAAUGUUACAAAACCAGGAACAUAAUUAAAAUGUAAUACUCGACGUCUUAAAUGCAUAUCUCGUACUUAUAUGAUGGUAUAGUAAUUGGUAUAGUAAACUUCUAGUAAAAGAUCAAUAAAAAUAAGCAUAUUUUUAGGAAAUAAAUGUGAUUUUUGUUUUGUCAAAAUAUGGCAAUACUCCGAGCUGAACUGCACGAGCUGCAAAUGCCUGACAAACUCUUCGACUCAUAGUUUGCC